UUAUAGUUUUGACGCUUUGGAUAUCUCGUACUACUCAAACAUAUGACAUAUCCAAAUAAUCCAAUAUCAAGAAGUUCCUCGAACUCUUAACUCGUUCUGCUGUGUUUUAAUUUCUGGAUCCAGUAAUAAGGCAUAACUGCAGUGAGUUUGUCCCGUUAUUGAUAAGCGAGUGCGUUUGGGAACACUGCCAGUCGUGUGUUUUAGCAACUACCAACCAGUGGCAACCACAGUGUGCAUCACUGCAUCUCACAAGUUACAAUUUCUGACUCAGCGACAGUUCGGAAGUCCGAUUUACGGAAGCAACUGCAAGUGCUCUUCGGAACCAUAAAUAUAUUCCCGAUAAACGUGCUUUUCCGGAUUAUCAGUUUCCGCUCACACAGAUUUCAAAAUUAUUAUUCGGGAAAGUCGCAAGUUAUUUGGACAAUCAUGGUCGUGAUUGGCAAGCCCCGCAUUGAUUCCGUGGAGGAUUUUUUGCAGCAGAAUGCACUGGAGCCAAACAAUGUUAUUGACCUCGGAGACACGACAGACACGGCGUCUAUCGCCAGCACUCUGCAGACGCAGAGUUCCGUGCCAGGAGUGGUGAUCACCAUUCGCGGAGGGCAGCGUCGCCAGGAACGCCCGCCCCGCUAUCCCCGUCCGAGCGAUAGUCCCUCUUCGCGGAAGAGCAUGGGCGUCCGGAAAUGGCGACGCUACCAGAAUAAUUUGGGACUGCUUUCGGGAAUCGAGGAGGAAGACAGUGUUGAGACAAGUUUUGCAGAAGACAUUGCCGAGGAAACGUCGGGUGGAUUCAGUGAUCUUUUUGAAGAUCCGGAAAAGAUGCAAGCAUGGGAUAAUUUUACAAAGAUGUCCGAAGGCGCUCAGCGAAAGUUUUUGAUGAAGAUGGCUGAAGAUUUCGAGCAUCAGCAUGAAAAUUCGUUAAGCGACGAACUGCCGCGGACGGCAGAAGAAUGCUUUCGACGCAUUGAUCGUAAUCUGCGCCGAUUGGUUGCCCGCCGAUCCCCACCAGUUGAUUUGAUUGAACCGAUGGAAGAGGAAUUGUUAGAGUUUUUUGGCGAACGACCUCAGGAUAUUUUGGAUGUUAUCAAGCCCGAUGUGUACCAUCGCAUGGUCUUCCAUGCGAUCUGUCAGUACUUUGGCCUUAAUUCGAAAAGUGUGAAAACUCGUGAAACCUGCCACACAAGAGUUCGGAAUCGCUCACGGAAUUUUUUACGUCCACCUCAACGCCUCUCAGUGUAUUUAACGGAAAGAUAUUGUGGAUGAGGCACCAUUACUAAAACAUUGAUUGCUUAACCUCACCAUUUUGUAGGGGAAGAAUGCCGGGUUUCUCGGUGUUGAAAAUGAAAACUUAUAACGGGCUUUGUUAAUUAACUUAAUUUUAACUCCUGUUGUUAACUUGGAUGUUCAUAACUCUUUACUAAAGUAAGGUGCAUGAACAAACCAGCAGA